AUGUUUUUGCCUUUUGUCUCUGUCCUUUAUAUAUUUUUGGUUUCAGUCUGGGUUCAUGCACCUGUUCUUUCCCUGUUUUGUAUUCAGGGCUGGCAAACAGUUUUUUUGAAUGUCAUAUGUGUAAAAUUCGUAGCAAUGACUGUUUAUGAAGAACUGAAGGAAGCUAAAGAUGAAAUCGAGAAACUCAAGCUCAAGACAAAUUUACUUCAGGACAUGAAGAAAGCCUAUGCUGCGCAAGCCCAUGAGAUACUUGAAGCUAUUUUCAAAGUUGAGAAUCUGAAUCAAGAGCUGCUUCAAAAGGCAGAUGAAAUCAAUGGUGCUAAGCAGAUAAAUGAAGAUUUAACCGGGAGUUUAAAUAAUAAAGAGUCCACCCAGCAUCUCAGUGCUGCAAAUGGUAAACUUGGAGCAGAAUGUGAUGACAAGUUUAGAAAGUGGAAAGAUGAAAAAAGAAGGUUGGUAUUGCCGGAAAAAAAGAAAAUGGAGAACCAAGAACAACUGAUGCAUGUGUACAGAAAAGAGAUUGAAAGCCCGAAUGGUUGCAUUUCAGUUUCAACCAACAAGAGUUUGAAAAUAGAAAACAAUUUAGAGACAUCAAGAGAACUAGGAGAAACAAAUGACAUAUCCCAGAAGUUAGAGGAGGAAAACAUGAAGGUGGAAGAACAAUUAAAAUGGAAAAAGGAACAGUUUAAGCACCAGGAAGAGGAGUACAAAAAACUUGAAGCAAGUCAGGAGGAUUGGGAGUUGGAAAAAUCUACAUUGCUUAAUGAGAUUUCCUCACUGCAGUUCUUGUUAGACUACCAUAUAAAAAAAUCAAAUGAUCUGCAUCACGAGUUACAGAUGUGCAACCAAGCUCUUGCUCACGAGGAAAGCCAGAGAAAGCGUCUGGAGGAUGAAAUCUCAAAUUUGAAUAAAGAGAAAGAAGAGAAGUGUUUUCAGCUGAUGAAGCAGUUGGAGUUGAAAGAUGCUGAUUUGAUCAUUGCCCAGCAACAUAGCAAUGAAGCAGCAAGUUUGAUGCUAGAAGAAUCAACUAAAUGUCAACUCCUCAAAGAAAAAAUUUUGGAUAUGGAAGUUGGUUUCAAAGAACAACUCACGGAAGCUUAUGAUGCUUUAGACAGGACAAAUAUUGAAUUGGAUGAGAGAAUAUGUGAAAGAAGUGAAAUGGAGUUUGAAUUGAGAAUAUGGAAGUCACUUGUUGAACGUUUGAAGAAUGUUCUUGAAGAAAAUCUUGUUAUGCGCAAAGAACUGCAAAAUUCACUCCUUGCACAAGUAGAUUUUAGUGAGAGCCUCAAGCAAGAAAAAGAUAGCUUGGUUCGCGAGUUGGAAGAGAAAGAGAACAAAAUAUAUUCUCUGCGACAACAUGCUUCCCAAUUUGAACAAGAACAAAAUGUAAUGAAAACAGAAUCUUUUGUUCCAGCUAGUGGGGUAACAUCUGAAUACUCUGAUACUAUGGAAGUAAGAUAUCUCCAAAUCAUAGAGGAGAAGAACAAGAUUUUGGAAGAGUUCCAAAAGGAGGUUCUUCGGCUUGAACAUGAAUCAUUUAGAAGACAAUUUGAAAGUGCGGUUAUUUCACAAAGAAAUAUGGAAAGAACCAAUGAACUUGAGAAAGAGAAACCUAUCCACAUUACUGAGGACAAGAAUACGAGCACAGAUGAAAUCAUGCAGCAGGUGACUUCACUGGAGCAGAACUUCACCGGCUUCUUGACCUCCAUUUCUUCACAGCUUGUUGAGAAACUGGCUGAAAUUCUUCAUGUCAAAGAAGCUUGCAAUCAGAUCACAGCAGCGGAGGUUCUAGCUGCUAUUGAAAUUGAAGAGAAGAAGUUGAUGAUAGAGGAACUUGAGGAUGAUAUAUAUGAUAUGGAACAGAAACUGAAAUUGCAAGAGGUAAAUUGGAAGCAAUCAGAACAACUUGCAUUGGAUGUUGAAGAAGAAAUUGAUGCAAAGCAAUUCAAAUUGAUGGAGUUGAUCGAUCAAAUGGAGAACAAGCUACGAGGCUCAGAUGUUUUUCUUCAAAAAGUCAAGAUAGAUAAUAGAAAUUUGCUUGAAACUGCUACAAGAUUGUCAUCGGAAAGGGAAUAUUUGUUGGGUUUUGUUCUAGGAUUGGGUGAUAAAAUGUUUGAGUGCACUACUGCAGACACUCAACUAAUGGAUAAAUUGAGAAGCAUAGUGCAAUCUUUUGAGAAUGAUAGUCUAGGAAUGAAUAAUAAAAAGGACGAUGAAUUGCAUGUGAAAAAGAAUAUGAUAGUGAAUUCUCCCACAGGGAAAAAGAAACUUGAUACCUUUUCUGAUAUAAGAUCACCAUUUAAGGUGCUCAACAGUUAG